UGUUCAAGCAACAUUGAUAGAUGAUGGAAGAUCGCUGAUUCGCCAAGCUGGCAGGUCAAGUCCUGGGCACCAUGGGGAAGGCUACUUCAAGAUGCUAAGAAGCUACAUGACCGAUCAGAUGAAGAUUCUGUGCCCAAGUGCUGAUAGAAUUGUGUACAGUGCAAUUUAUGGAGAUUUCCAAAAGGAUCGUAUGGAACAUGGAACAGAGGGGACUAAACUCAUUGAAACUAGGUAUCGCAGAAACAUCAGACUACCUCCUCGACAGAGCCUUGAUGACAUUCCUCAUUUCACGAACCACCCCAUAGUACACAGAAUCACCCCAUAUGAGUUAGAAGCCAUAGUAGAAGAAGAUCGUAAAGAUGGUUGGAAAAUAUUUCCAGCCAAGAGCUUUACAAGUGAGUGGGAACCUAUGAGUAUGAUAGAUGGUGUUAAAUCAAAUAUUCAAAUAAUUGCAUAUCGAUCGCUGCUAUUUGCAAGUUAUGAUACCAAUGGGAAGUGUGUUGCUGUGAGUGCUUUGAAUGGAUUCCCGAUAACACCAGGGCAAAGAAGUGAUUGUGACUUCUAUGGUCCUAACCUGAAUCACUUACAGGCCCAUAUGAUCGCUCAUGCUGAAGAGGCCCACAAGAAAUCCAAGAAGGCAAAUUGUGAUUUAUACUUCUGUGUUUAUUUCCCUCAGACAAUAUCACUGGAGAAAAUGACUGACUUUGCAGAUAAAGAACUAGCCUGGGAGAUUAGUGAUAUACAUGAUGGGAAUGUUUAUAUAACUGCAGAGAGACCACUGACCAGACAUGCUAAACUGUGAACUUAGAUAAUUUUCCCAUUUUUCCAAUUUUAGUCAACAUAAUAACAUAUAUUGAAAAUAGUAUUUGUAAAUGACUGACCCAAAAUCUGCAUAAAUAAACUGAUUUUGGAGAUAAAAUGAACUCUAAAAAA